AUGCAGUCGAAACGGGGAAUUUUGAUGAUGGACGAUAUGUUGGACGACCCAUUCAAUGGUACAGAUGCUGCUAGUAUUGUAGACGUUGACGCCCGAAUGUCAUCACAACAUAUUCGUUCGAGUGCAGACCAAUGGAUUAUAGCUGUGGAUAUAUCUGAUCUUGUUGAACGGCAAAUAUUCUUGAGCAAGAAAGAGUUGUACUCGAAAAUUCGUGUACUUGCUUUGCAAGACAAGUUUGAAUUUUAUGUAAGCAGGUCAAGCCGCAAAAUGUUAACCGUUGCAUGCGUGGAUAGUAAUUGCAAGUGGAUGUUACGUGCUUCGAGUGUGAAACAGACUUCUAUAUUCAUGAUCCAAAAAUUCAACCAUGUGUACACAUAUUCGGUAGAUAUCUGUCGUAACGCACAUCAAUGUGCCACUACUUCUGUAAUUGCCGAGCACAUUUUGGGAAAAUUGGAUAAUCCAUACCGGUUGUACGAUCCUACCACUAUUGCACGUGAUAUAGAACGCGAGUUUGGUGUCAAAAUAAGUUACCAAAAAGCACAUAGGGCGAAAGUUGCCGCUUUACAUAUGCUACAUGGUACACCGGGGGAUAGUUUUCAAAAAUUACCUUCCUAUUGUCACGUUCUAGGAGAGCGUAACCCGAAGACAGUAACCCACAUCGAAGUUGAUUCCCAUAACACGUUUCAUUACUUCUUCCUAGCUUUCGGUGCAAGCGUUCAUGGCUACAUGCGCUACUUGAGACUCGUUAUUUGUGUUGACGGUAGUCACUUGAAAGGUCCAUACAAAGGUACACUUUUGCUUGCAACCGGCCAAGAUGUCAACAAACAGAUAUAUCCAUUGGCAUGGGGGAUCGUUGAUGCUGAAACAAAUAGAUCGUGUAUGUGGUUUAUGUCCAACUUGAAAGAGCUUAUAGGCGACUCUGCUGAAUUGGUUUUUGUUUUCGACUGGAAGAAUAGCAUUUCCAAUGCCAUUGCUCACCUAUUCCUCAGUCCUGUCAUGGGUGCUGUAUCUGGCAUCUAG